AUGUCACAACUAGAUCCCCUGCCGAAGGACCUGCCCUUUCGCAUUGUCUCCAAGACAGUUGGUAGAGGCGCCUACGCAUCCAUAAAGAAGGCUAUCCCGCUGGAUGCGACAGACCCCGUCUUCGCCGUCAAACUCAUCCACAAGGGCUACGCGCUGAAGCAUGGCCGGAUAACGGUCAAGCAGCUGGCCAUGGAGGUCUCCCUCCACUCGCACAUCGGACAGCACCCCAACAUCAUCGAGUGGUUCGCGGCGGGGGAGGACAACACGUGGAAGUGGAUCGCGAUGGAGUACGCCGAGGGUGGUGAUCUCUUUGACAAAAUUGAGGCCGACGUGGGUGUGCGGCAGGACAUUGCGCAGGUGUACUUCUGCCAGCUGGUCAGCGGCGUCAGCUUCAUCCACUCCAAGGGCGUCGCCCACCGAGAUCUGAAGCCCGAGAACAUCCUCCUGUCGCAGGACGGAAGCCUGAAGCUGGCCGACUUCGGCAUGUCGACCAUGUUCGAGUACAAGGGGCAGCGCAAGGCGAGCUCAACGCUGUGUGGGAGUCCACCGUAUAUUGCGCCCGAGAUCCUGGCGUGCGGGCGGGCCGAUAGGAAGACGUCCGGCGCAGCCAAGUAUCUCCCCGACCUCGUCGACAUUUGGUCGUGCGGCGUGAUCCUCUUUGUGCUGCUGGUCGGCAACACGCCCUGGGAUGAGCCGGCGACCAGCAGCUGGGAGUUUCAGGAGUACGUCAAGACGUCGGGGCGCAGCUCGGACGCGCUAUGGGCGCGGGUGCCCCCCGAGGCCCUCUCCCUACUACGAGGCAUGAUGAGCGUGGACCCAGAGAAGAGGUUCAGCUUUAAUCGAAUACGGCAGCACCCGUGGUACACGCGACACAAUCCAUUCCUGACGGCCGAGGGCAAGGUUUCCGACCCGCUCAACCUCGCCACGCAGAUGUUGGAAAACCUACACAUUGACUUCUCGCAGCGACCUACCACAUCCCAGUCGACGCAAGAGGACAUGGACAUGGACAUGGAUUCGGGACUGAACGCCGGGCGGUUCUCGUCGACGCAGCCAGAAACGCCCAUCACACCGAUAACAGAUCAGGAGUGGGAUUGGGAACGCCCCGUGUUACGAUCUAUGGCCGCGCCAGCUUCUUCGGUUCCAGCGCGCGGUCAGGACCCCAUGUCCCGCGUGCCCCUCGGCAGCCUGGCAGAUGAGCCAUCCAUGUCACAGUUCUGCCAGAACCCGGGCCCCUCGAUGACACUGACGCAGCACGCGCGUCGCUUCGGCGACAUUUGCCCUCGCGAGUCCCUGACACGAUUCUUCUCCCAUGCCCCGCCCGCGCAUCUCGUGCAGAUGCUCGGCGAUGCGCUGCACCAGCUCAACGUGCCUCUCGCGCCCGUGACGCCCAAUCUCCACGCCAACAACGUGGCCAGCAUCAAGGUGCGGGGACUCGAUGGGCGGCAGCAGAAUCUCCACGGCGAAAUCCAAAUUCAUAGGCAUGGUCUGGUGGAUGCCGAGGUGCUCGACGUGCAGUUUGUCAAGGUCAAGGGCGAUCCUCUAGAAUGGCGAAGAUUCUUCAAAAAGGUGGUCGUCCUCUGUAAGGAUGGUGUCUAUGUUCCCGAAGCUUAG